AUUCUUCCAUCCAACCCCUUGCACCAUUGUAUCAAAGGAAAAACUAGUUGAGAAUUAGCAUCAAAUUGUAGAAAUGGCAUCCAUCACCAUGACAUCCUCAAUCCUUGGCUUCCCGGCCGUUAACAAUCGGUCAGCUGUUGCAAUGCCAAGGAGGCUCGUUGUCAGUGCUGUCAGAGCUGUUGAAGGGAAAAACAGUGUCAGCUAUGACAAUGACAAAGAGGGCAGCAAUGGAAGGAGAGAUUUGAUGUUUGCUGCUGCAGCUGCUGCUGUUUGCUCUGUUGCUGGGGUUGCAAUGGCUGAUGAUGAACCAAAAAGAGGUACCCCAGAAGCCAAGAAAAAGUAUGCGGUUGUUUGUGUUACUAAUCCUACGGCUAAGAUUUGUCGCUAUUGAGGGUUUUUGUUUACUUUUCUUGAUUGGAAAUGUACAAUGGGGUUGUGGUGUUUUGAUUUCAUUUAAUCUCUGUAUUAGUUGUUCAUAAAAGCAUCAACUUUGCCUUAUCUCUAUGGUCUCCUCA